UUCCCUUCACUCCACUCCAGCAGCAACAGAGAAAAUCCCACGUCUCUCCCCUGCUUCAAAAUAUCCUAACUAAUCAUGGUUGAUUCUUCGCUCUUUUGGGUGUGCUAGGCCCACUUUUAGAUUAUUUCGGAAUUGGAGAGAGGGUGAACAAGUACAAUGGUGGGGUUUAAGAAUAGGUAUAUGAUAAUGGAGGUUUUCUUGGACCCGAACCGAGAUCUUGCGGUUGAUGAUCCCAUUAUUAUUACACAGUUUAAUGUGUCAAAAGCAAUCAAAGACAGCAUUCUUGUAAACUUUGGGGAGUGUGGUCUGGCUUCAUCUUUUGGGUCAUUCCAAGUCAAGUAUGUGAAUCCCAUUACAAAGCUGUGUAUCAUCAGAGCAUCAAGGGAGGAGUAUCAAAAAGUUUGGUCUGCCAUUACUAUGGUUAAGAGUAUCGGACAUUGCCCAGUGCUGUUCAAUUUGUUGGACCUAAGUGGAAGUAUCAGAGCAUGUAGAAAAGCUGCCUUGAAAUGUGACAAAGCAAAGUUUGAGCAGUACAAGCUUGUGGUUGGAGAUCGCCUCACAGACGACAUCAAUAACCAAAUGCAGAACUGUCUUGAAAGGAUCAAAAUCUUGGAGCACUGAAGUAUCCUGCAGCCUCCCUUGGAUCUUUCGGUUCAAGACCUGGCCCAUAGUCUUCAUAGAAGCUGCAUAAAAGAGGAUUGACUCUGAUAGGUAGUAUCAUGACUGUCAAUGAUGGGAGGAUAUUGUCCACUUUGGGCGCCGGUCUUCGGAAUUCAGCUGGCUUUUUGCAGGGUCUGUGGAUGGAAGAGAAAGAGGAGGAAGAUGAUCAACAGGAUCAGGAACUGGGGCACUGAUAGAUAGACCCAUCAUUAUUCAUUACUGCUAACUGGUUCUAUAUAUGUUUUUGCUUCUACAUGGUACAUACCAUAAUUUAACAGAGCAGAUAGCAGUGGGAGAGAGGAGAGGCAAUUCAGAUUCAACCCCAAGUUGGAUUGCAUAUACUUGAUCAUGAGAUGUAUAAUUGUAUUCACACAGGAUGACUCAAUUGGCAUAGGACAAAGCAGUCCACUGUUCUGUUUUCUUACCCUAGCCCUGCCACGUCUAAAUAACAAAAAAACUUGAAUCUUAUUGACUCGUUAGAGCAAGGUCUAGACCAAGAUAAGCUCCCAACGUUCCAGAAGGGUGCUACCAUGAAGAUAUGCAAGAAUUCUUACCUGUCAGGUUUCGACAUCAGUCAAUUUUAAUUUCAACUUCAUGUUACCAGCCUGUACGACGAGGUGCCCUUUAGAUGACUCCACUUCUAAAACUGUUGCAUUUUUUCCUAGGGAAGAAACAUGCACCAUAUCGCCAACUUUGGGAACUCUUUUCUUCUCUGCAAUGCAAAUAGAAGGAAAAUCUACCUUGAUGAGAACUUAAACAAUCUUUUUGACUGGUAUUUUCAACCACGAGCAAGAUGGAUAAUGUCACAAGAUCCAUCAGAUGUUUACGAGUAAUACCUGAUGAUGAUUGCUGGGCAACUUUAGCGGGGUGUUUACUCUCACUUGUAGUAGGACGUUCAUUGGUAUCUGCUGCAGUAUGUUGGUUGCUAGUUGCUGAUGCAUGUUGGCUUUUAUCUGCAGCAGUAGGCUGGUAAGGUCGGGUUGCAGAUGAACGAAACUGUCGGACCUUCUUGUGAAGGAGAGACCGUGCCACUGCUGCAGCCUCAGAUACUUCCCGCAUCUUUCUAUAUCUUUGAUCGGUGCCAUGUUCUAUUAGCUUUCUUUUAGUCACCAAUAGAUUUUCAUAAAGAUCUCUUGAGAGCCUGCAAUCGCAACCAAGAACAAGCAACUUUCAAAUUAGGAGAUUGUGCCUUUUGUACGACUUUGUACCACUAUACGCAUACCAAAAGUUACUCAUGUUGUUUGAAAAUUCUUACAUCAGAUGAUAUCGUGCAUCAUUAACACGCUCUUGAAAUU